AUGGCGGCGACCAGUGCGGCAGUUGACCAGCGGGGUCAUCGCCGGAACAAGUCGUCUUCGGUCCUCAAGUCUAUUAUUGUGCCAAAGAACCACAGGCGUUCGCCGUCCGAUGGCACCACGCUAAGCAAUCCGACGCCAUUGCUGCUGCCAGACCAUCCGCGCAGCCAAGUUCGAUCUGCAGCCCGGACGCAGAAUAUUCCUAGCAACCCGUCGACGCCGCGCAAGUCUCAGGAAGUGAAGCAAAGCCCUGCCAAGGGACUUCACAAGAAGACCCUCAGCACAGUGUCCCUGCGAUCGCUGGGAAAGGAUAAGGAUAGAGACACGAUGAAGGGGAAGCAGUCAAGAGAGCCGAGCCGGGUAAGGGAAGAGACGAGGGUAGCAGAGAAGCCAAAGAAGACAAAGUCUUCUACCAACCUCGCUGCCAUGUUCCAGAAGGCCAAGUCGCCCAAGGCUGGAAAGCGAACGCCCACACAGAAAGACAAGGAGAACACGACGCCGCCCAGCUCCUCCAAUGCUGCUGCUCCGGUCCAGACUCCCAUCUGGGCUCAGUUCAGCAGCCAGCCCUUCCAGGAAGUCACUACAACCAGCAAGGUCCCUCUCAACGACCGGCGAAGUAUUGAGCAGGAAAUCCGCCUCUAUACCCCGGCUGACUACUCCCCCUCCAAACAGCGCAACUUCUUCGACUAUGGUCAGCCCUCGCUGCAGAAGCGGCCAGUCAUCAAAGAGCGACCGAAGUCCACGAUCCUGUCUACCAGUGCGUCUGCCACCUCUUUGUUCGAGACACUCUCACGAAAGAUGAAUAAUGACAGAGUUCCACUUUCGGACUCAAGGGGGAACGAGGGGCGGUCAAACGGUGCCUCUCCUCCGAAGGGCGCUACAACACGAAGCAUGUUAAAGCGCACUAGCUCCGAUGGCCACAAAUCCAAAGAGAGGACGACGGCGAAGCAACAACCCAGUCCGCCGAAGAAGGGCAAUCGAGUCAUGGCUGCCGUCGCUGCUUUUAACGGAAGAAAUAGGGAGCCACAGGCUGGUACGCCACAAGUCAAACUCGACCGGAAAAUCGUCGAGGCCGAGUUUGAAGCUGUUCUAGAAUCGAGGAACAUCCCGCAACACCAACGAGCCCAAAUGCGAACUCUCAAACUCGAGGUCAAGGCCGACUUUGUCCGCACUCACAAACUCGAUACUCCACAGUCAGGCUCUCGGGCAACAUCAGCGCAUUCCUCGGUCGGUGGAACUACCGGAAAGAAAUCAACAAAGUCGACUCUGAGCAGGUCCGCUAAAUCUCGGGAAGACUCGGAUGGAGAAGAGGUCGCACCAUUAGAGGCUACUACCUUGGAGACCUCUUCUAAGCGUAGUCGACCACGAAGCAGAACGUUUACAUUCAGCAAGGGUGACUCGCCCCUAAAGAAGCAAAAGGCCGAGGCUGCUUUGAACGAGAGAAAGUCGUCCAAGCCGAAUCCGAUCCCGAAGUCUCCUUCCUCAAGAUCGCUCAUCUCCAAUGGAUCCCAACGGUCCAUCUCAAAGGGUCAAAAGGCCACCACGCCUGAUGAGUUUGUGACAUAUAUGCAAAAGACCCAGAAACCGCAGCAGGUGGAGGUAGGGAAACUCCACAAGCUUCGACUUCUCCUUCGCAACGAGACCGUGGAGUGGGUUGAUGACUUUAUGAAAGAGGGCGGAAUGAGUGAAUUGGUCAGUCUACUCCAUCGGAUCAUGGAGGUUGAGUGGCGCGAAGACCAUGAAGACCAAUUACUCCACGAAGUCCUCCGGUGUCUUAAGGGUCUCUGCACAACCGACUCAGCCCUUAAACAACUUGCGGAGAUUGCACCCACGCUUUUCCCUGCCUUGCUUGCGAUGUUGUUUGAUGAGGAACACAAAGGACCUAGCGAUUUCACUACCCGCGAACUUAUAGUUCAGCUCCUCUUCGCUCACCUCUCUGCCGCGUCGGAGCUUGAUCUACCUUCUCGGGCCACUGAACUUCUGAAGUAUCUCAAGGAUCCCGUCAAAGAGAAGCACUCGUCAACCGUUCCUUUCAUUCUCCAAAUGCACCAACCCCGUCCAUACCAGGUAUGGUGCAAAGAGAUAACCAACGUCACCAAAGAAGUUUUUUGGAUCUUCAUUCACCAUCUUAAUGUCAUUCCACUACCCCAAACACCUACCAGCGCUGAACCAAAGUCAUACACGAAGACUCACUUCCCUGGCCCUCGAGCUAUUGUGCCUGCUGCUCCUUAUGUCGGUGGAGUUGAGUGGGAUGCCACCAACUACAUAGCCACUCACCUGGACCUCCUAAAUGCUCUCAUCGCCAGUCUCCCGACCAAGGACUCCCGCAAUACCCUCCGCAACGAAUUCAAAGUCUCCGGGUUUGAGAAACUGAUGGGCCAUCUUCGGGCCUGUAAUCCAAAGUACUACGGCGCUGUUCACGAUGCGGUAAAGCUGUGGAUUGCCGCUGCAUCAGAAGACGGAUGGGAUGUUAAGCCUGUCCGCAUGGGUCCUAGUGAUGGUAAGCCUCCAGGAAGCCCGGUCAAGAGCCCCAGCAAGAGCCCGAAGAAAGUUGAGAAAGCUCCACAAAUCCAAGCGCCUAAGAUGGAUCUGGGGUUUGACCUAAAUUUAGAUAUGAAGUUUGAGAAGGAGGUUGGGGUGGUGGGAAAGAAAGAGAAGGAUGAUGAUUGGAUUUGA